CAAAAUUCUACAGAUUUCUACGGAUUUCUUCUCGUUCAGUCACUCUCCCGCUCAUAUUCACAUCACUUGUGUCGCUACACAUACAAUUCACAUGAAACUUGAUAUACUGUACUAAGCCCUGACUACAUACAGAAGCAAAUUCCCAGACACGAAAUUCCGCACGUGCACCUCUGUAAACAUUCAGAACAUAUCAAAACACAGAGAGAGAGCGACUACACCUUUUCUACCACUUGAAUUGCGCAUUUGCCUCAACUGAGAAACACAGCCAAGCCUCCCAUCAAACACGCUUUUCAUCAACGCCCUUUUCCUCAACAUCGUUGGAAACCUUUUUCAAAAGUAUUUUAUUUGCAUUUUGAAUGAGCGAGCUGUGCUGGAGAAUUGAAACAUGCCUCCUUUCGCAAGAAGACAAGCCAGGCAAAUUUCACAAGUUCGUGGAGAAAAUACGCCUGUUACAGGGACAGCAAGGCUUCAAAGCGUUGUCCCACAGAGAAGGAGGAUUGAGAUAGUUCUUCCAGCCAGGUCAAGAAGGACUCCUAUCAACCGACAGUCACGUAUUGCUCCAUCUCAUCCUCCAUCACCAGCAAAUCCUUCCUCUUCAGAGCCUGAAUCGACAACAUCAGCCAUUGCAUCCUCAUCUCCACCCAGCUCUGCAUCAGAGAUUUCAGCUCCUCCUGUUAUCGAGAGGAGGAGGAUAGAAGCUGUGCUCAUGGAUUGUGCAGCUCAAGGAAUUGAUGUUGAUUCUUGGAACAUAACUAUGUCCCCGUCUCAUUACUAUCAGACGUUCUGCAAUACCCUUUCCAUUGCAACAAUAGGCUCUCAAGGCUCUCAUAUUUACAGCCAGGUGAAGGACGACGGCAUGUAUGCAAAAUGGGUUCUCAUUGGAGAUGCAGGAUGCAGGUUGCUGAUUGCUCCGGAAUACAAACGCCGUUUAAUCCGGGCCAUUAAACAAAAAAGGCCGAUUCAUCCAUCCACCAGCAGCUGCAAGUUAACUGAUGCCCCAUUCACCAUGUCAUGUUUCGAACUCAUGGAGCAUCUAACAAGCAUUGGUUGCAGAGCCAUACGCAUCCAGCUGUAUGGCCAAAAGCUUCCCCUGCAUCCCCGUUUCUUCCCCCAAGCCCCUGAGGAACCUGUCCAUUAUUUGGCAGAGACGAAUCAGUGGGACAUCGGUGUUACAUACCGAUCAAAUAAAAUAUUCCUCUUUGCUCCGACCAAAGGUGUCUCUUCAGGCAUGGAUGUAUAUCCAAUGCUGAUACCGAUAUCUAAGGACUUUGGGAGCAUUAGUGUGAAGAUGUCUGCGAGAGGGAAAGAGUGCAGGGUAAAAAUCUAUCCGCGUCUCGUCCACGUCCUCAAAUCCAUCCGUGGGCAGCUACAAAAAUAUAAUUCCAAGACUAUGUCUGGGUUAAUGAAACAGAUGACAGCUGCCCAAGAACUACUGAAAGAGAUCACCUCCAUGGACGAGGAGGAAUGUGGCGGAUUUCGAAUUGAAGUAUCCCUCAACACCUUCACGUUGGAAGAGGCCCGAACUCUCGCAGUCGAAUCACAGCUCCUAGAGCCUGAGACUUGGCUACUGGAGGGAGGCCCGGCCUACGUACAGCCGUACAAACUCUGUCUCAAGCUGGUGACGAAGGCAGAACUUCUUACCAAUGCAAACAGAUUGGUAAGAGUGGCGGUAGAGCAAAGGUUGCUAACAGGUGAUGGAAACAGGCAUUCAGAAGAAUGGGAGAAGAAGGUCGUGGCAGAUGUCUUUGCCGCUAUCGGAUGGAAUAACGGCAAAAGGCGUCUGACCAAAUCGACCAGCACUGACGCCUGGUGGAUUACUGGACAGGGAGAUACCGCUGAUGACCCCCGCAAUGAGGGGGAUCAGAUCUUAAUGGAUAUCAACCGUGUUGAAUGAGCGAGAAGAUUGGAGCCUACUAAGAUACGGAGUUCUGAGAGAGAUCGUUUGUCGCAUGGUGGGAUCGGACGGAGUUGCGUGAUUAGUUUUUCUUUUAGAUUCUUUGAUAGUCUCUUUUUUUCUCCAUGCAUCCAUAGAC